AUUGGCAUGGCGAAGGAAAUGACGAUUGAUCUUUCAAAAAUCACACUCCGUCCAUAUAAAAUUUUCGAUGUUGAUGACUUCUUGAUGUACGGUGGCGACGACAAAGUGACACGGUUCACCCGGUGGAACACCUUCACCUCCAAGGGAUAAGCACUUUCCUAUAUCUGCAAGGACUACUGCAUUCCGCACCCUUAUUGUAGAUCCAUAUGCAUAGCUGACCGUUCGAUCGGAUUUAUUAUCAUCGUGCCAAAAUCCGGUGAUGACAGAUGUAGGACAGAUGUUGGGUACGCCUUAGCUGCCGAGUACUGGGGGCAAGGUAUAAUAGCUAGAGCAGUGAAGAUGGCCAUCGCCCAAGGGUUAAAAGAAUUCCCAGAUGUGGUCAGGUUUCAAGCUUUGGUUGAGUUGGAGAACAACGCCUCUCAAAAGGUCUUGGAGAAACUUGGGUUCCUCAAGGAAGGUGUCAUGAGGAAGUAUAGCCUAGACAAAGGUAAGAGCAGGGAUACGGUGAUGUACAGUCUUUUGUCUACUGAUCCUAUUCCUUGA